AUGUAUACAGCACCGUCAAAUAAGCAUAUUGCGCUGUCCCCCACGCUCCCCUCCGCGCUCCCCUCCGCGCUCCCUUCCGUGCUCCCAUCCUCGCUCUCCUCCGCGCUCCCCUCAGCGAUCCCCUCCGCGCUCCCCUCCACGCUGCCCCUCCGCGCUCCCUUCCGCGAUCCCCUCACCGAUCCCCCUCCGCCCCUCCGCUCCGCGCUCCCCUCCGAUCCCCUCACCGAUCCCCUUCGCGCUCCCCUCCGCGCUCCCCUCCGCGCUCCCCUCCGCGCUCCCCUCCUCGCUCCCUUCCGCGCUCCCCUCAGCGAUCCCCUCCGCGCUUCCCUCCACGCUGCCCCUCCGCGCUCCCCUCCACGCUCCCCUCAGCGAUCCCCUCACCGAUCCCCUCCGUGCUCCCCUCCGCGCUCCCCUCCGCGCUCCCCUCAGCGCUCCCCUCAGCGAUCCCCUCCUCCCUUCCGCGCUCCCCUCGCUCUCCGCGCUCCCCCCUCCGCGCUCCCCUCAGCGCUCCCCUCAGCUUCCCUCCCGCUCCCCCACGCUCCCCUCCGUGCUCCCUCCGCGCUCCUCCCGCUCCCCUCAGCGAUCCCCUCCCGCUCCCUCCGCACUCCCCUCCGCUCCCCUCAGCGCUCCCUCAGCGCUCCCUCCGCGCUCCCCUCCGCGCUCCCCUCAGCGAUCCCCUCACCGAUCCCCUCCGCGCUCCCCUCCUCGCUCCCCUCAGCGCUCCCCUCAGCGCUCCCUCCGCUCACCCUCCGCGCUCCCCUCCGCUCCCCUCCACGCUCCCUCCACGCUCCCCUCCGUGCUCCCGCUCCCUUUCAGCGUCCCUCCGCGCUCCCCUCCGCGCUCCCUCAGCGCUCCCCUCCCCCUCCGCGCUCCCCCACGCUGCCCCUCCGUGCUCCCCUCAGCGCUCCCCUCAGCGAUCCCGUCCGCGCUCCCCUCCGCGCUCCCUCCCUCACCCCCUCCUCGCUCCCCUCCGCGCUCCCUCCGCCUCCCCUCAGCGCUCCCUCAGCUUUCCCUCCGCCUCCACGCUGCCCCUCCGUGCUCCCCUCCGCGCUCCCCUCCCUCCGCGCUCCCUCAGCGAUCCCCUCACCGAUCCCCGCACUCCGCGCUCCCCUCCCGAUCCUCCGCGCUCCCCUCCGCGCUCAGCGCUCCCCUCAUCCCCUCCGCCCCCUCAGCGAUCCCCUCCGCGCCCCUCCGCGCUCCCUCCGCGCUCCCUUCCGCGCUCCCCUCCUCGCUCCCUUCCGCGCUCCCCUCAGCAAUCCCCUCCGCGCUCCCCUCCACGCUGCCCCUCCGCGCUCCCCUCAGCGAUCCCCUCACCGAUCCCUCCGCGAUCCUCCUCGCUCCCCUCCCUCUCCUCCGCGCUCCCCUCAGCAAUCCCCUCCGCGCUCCCUCCACGCUCCCCUCCGUGCUCCCGCUCCCCUCAGCGAUCCCCCUCACCGAUCCCUUCCGCGCUCCCCUCCGCGCUCCCCUCAGCGCUCCCCACCGAUCCCUUCCCUUCCACGCCCCUCCGCGCUCCCCUCAGCGCUCCCCUCAGCUUUCCCUCCGCGCUCCCUCCACGCCCCUCCCCCCUCCGCGCUCCCCUCUCCGCUCCCCUCCGCGCUCCCCUCCGCGCUCCCCUCCGCGCUCCCCUCCGCGCUCCCCUCAGCUUUCCCUCCGCGCUCCCCUCCACGCUGCCCCUCCGUGCUCCCCUCCGCGCUCCCCUCAGCUCCCCUCCGCGCUCCCCUCAGCGAUCCCGUCACCGAUCCCUUCCGCACUCCCCUCCUCGCUCCUCUCAGCGCUCCCUCUCCCUCCGCUCCCCUCCGCGCUCCCCCUCAGCUCCCCUUCCCCUCCGCGCUCCCCUCCGCUCCCCUCCCCGCGCUGCCCCUCCGUGCUCCCUUCCGCGCUCCCCUCCCUUUCCCCUCCGCGCUCCCCUCCACGCUGCCCCUCCGCUCUCCCCUCCGCGCUCCCCUCACCGAUCCCCUCCUCGCUCCCCUCAGCGAUCCCCUCACCGAUCCCUUCCGCGCUCCCCCCCUCGCUCCCCUCAGCGAUCUCCUCACGAUCCCCUCCGCGCUCCCCUCCUCGCUCCCCUCCGCGCUCCCUCAGCUUUCCCCUCCGAUCCCCUCCACGCUGCCCCUCCGUGCUCCCCUCUGCGCUCCCCUCCGUCAGCGAUCCCCUCCCUUCCGUGCUCCCCUCCCUCAGCGAUCCCCUCCGCGCUCCCCUCAGCUCCCCUCAGCGCUCCCCUCCACCCUCCGAUCCCUCCGCGCUCCCUCAGCUUUCCCCUCCGCGCCCCCUCCAGCUCCCCUCCGUGCUCCCCUCCGUGCUCCCUCACCGAUCCCGCGCUCCCCUCUCCCCUCAGCGAUCCCCUCACCGAUCCCCUCUGCGCUCCCCUCCGUGCUCCCCUCCGUGCUCCCCUCCGCGCUCCCCUCAGCGCUCCCCUCAGCGAUCCCCUCCACGCUCCCCUCCGUGCCCCACCGUGCUCCCCUCCUCGCUCCCCUCCGCUCCCCUCAGCGAUCCCGUCACCGAUCCCUUCCGCACUCACCCUCCUCGCUCCCCUCAGCGAUCCCCUCACCGAUCCCCUCCGCGCUCCCCUCAGCGAUCCCCUCACCGAUCCCCUCCGCGCUCCCCUCCGCGCUCCCUUCCGCGCUCCCCUCCUCGCUCCCUUCCGCGCUCCCCUCAGCGAUCCCCUCCGCGCUCCCCUCCACGCUGCCCCUCCGCGCUCCCCUCAGCGAUCCCCUCAGCGAUCCCCUCCGCGCUCCCCUCCGCGCUCCCCUCAGCGCUCCCCUCACCGAUCCCUUCCGCGCUCCCCUCCGCGCUCCCCUCAGCGCUCCCCUCAGCUUUCCCCUCCGCGCUCCCCUCCACGCUGCCCCUCCGUGCUCCCCUCCCCUCACCGAUCCCCUCCGCUGCCCCUCCGCGCUCCCUCAGCGAUCCCCUCACCGAUCCCUUCCGCACUCCCCUCCUCGCUCCCCUCAGCGAUCCCCUCCGCGCUCCCCUCAGCGCUCCCCUCAGCUUUCCCGCGCUCCCCUCCACGCUGCCCCUCCGUGCUCCCCUCUGUGCUCCCCUCCGCGCUCCCCUCCGCGCUCCCCUCAGCGAUCCCGUCACCGAUCCCUUCCGCACUCCCCUCCUCGCUCCCCUCAGCACUCUCCUCAGCGAUCCCCUCCGCGCUCCCCUCAGUGCUCCCCUCAGCGAUCCCCUCAGUGCUCCCCUCCGCGCUCCCCUCCGCGCUCCCCUCAGCGAUCCCGUCACCGAUCCCCUCUGCGCUCCCCUCCUCGCUCCCCUCAGCGAUCCCCUCAGCGAUCCCCUCCGCGCUCCCCUCCGUGCUCCCCUCAGCGAUCCCCUCAGUGCUCCCCUCCGCGCUCCCUCCGCGCUCCCCUCCGCUCCCUCCCCCUCAGCGAUCCCGUCACCCGAUCCCCUCUGCGCUCCCCUCCUCGCUCCCCUCAGCGCUCUCCUCAGCGAUCCCCUCCGCGCUCCCCUCCGCGCUCCCCUCAGCGAUCCCCUCACCGAUCCCCUCCGCGCUCCCCUCCGCGCUCCCCUCCGCGCUCCCCUCAGCGAUCCCCUCACCGAUCCCUUCCGCACUCCCCUCCUCGCUCCCCUCAGCGCUCUCCUCAGCGAUCCCCUCCGCGCUCCCCUCAGCGCUCCCCUCAGCUUUCCCCUCCGCGCUCCCCUCCAGCUGCCCCUCCGUGCUCCCCUCCGUGCUCCCCUCCGCACUCCCCUCAGCGAUCCCGUCACCGAUCCCUUCCGCACUCCCCUCCUCGCUCCCCUCCGCGCUCCCCUCCGCGCUCCCCUCAGCGAUCCCGUCACCGAUCCCUUCCGCACUCCCCUCCUCGCUCCCCUCAGCACUCUCCUCAGCGAUCCCCUCCGCGCUCCCCUCAGUGCUCCCCUCAGCGAUCCCCUCCGCGCUCCCCUCCGCGCUCCCCUCCACGCUCCCCUCCAUGCUCCCCUCCGCUCGCCACUGGACAAUUCUGA